GAAAAAUUGAAAUGUGAACUUGGUUUGGCUGACUCCUUUCCUUAAGCCUCUGUAUAUUGAGGAGUGCCCUUCGAUGAAAAUCGACGGAUGAGAUACAACUUUCUGCAGUGCAGGCGAUUUAUUUCUCCACGCAUACUGACUGGAUUCUGGAAGAAGAAAACACAAUCCAAUCGCAUAUCAACUUUUGUUCCAUGAAAAAUUCAGAAUACUUAUCAAUAAAUUUCGAUCGGAACGUAUCAGAUUUUUAUAGAAAGCUCGAUCGGGGAACAACUCCGUAGAUCACGCAGUAAAUCAAAUGCUUCUAUAUCCUUCAACAUUAUCGCGAGCAACUGACGAGUUCUCGUUUUGAUUUGUACAUAAGGUUUUUGUGUGAUUAGGGCAUCCAGCGCAUCAGGGAAAUGUUGCUGUGGUGGUGGUCUUCGAGUUAAAAUAUGGAGAAGAAAAGAGUGGAUGAGAGUGUGCAAGUAGCAGCUUCAGGAAGAGUAGACAGAUUCGGGUUUGUAAAACAGGAACAUAACUCGCCUGAUGGGCCAUCUAGAAACAAGUCGGCUUUGGAGUAUCAGAGCAAUUAACAGGGAACAGAAACGACUUAAAAAAUGGAGGAAAAUGAUUGGUGUUGGAGGUAGUGAUUGGAAGCAUUAUGUAAGAAGGAAAGGACAUGUUGUUAAACGGCGUAUACGGAAAGGAAUCCCUGAUUGUUUGAGGGGUCUUGUUUGGCAAUUGAUUUCUGGAAGCCGGGAUCUCUUGCUGAUGAACCCUGGUGUUUAUGAGCAACUGGUGAUAUACGAGACAUCAGCUUCUGAGCUAGAUAUAAUACGCGAUAUUUCACGCACUUUUCCAUCACAUGUGUUCUACCAGCAACGACAUGGACCUGGUCAAAGAUCACUUUACAAUGUUUUAAAGGCCUACUCUGUAUACGACAGGGAGGUUGGAUAUGUACAGGGAAUGGGGUAUUUAGCUGGUCUUCUACUGCUUUACAUGAGUGAGGAAGAUGCAUUUUGGCUGGUGGUGGCAUUACUGAAAGGAGCAGUUCAUGCUCCAAUGGAAGGAUUAUAUUUGGAGGGAUUGCCACUGGUUCAACAAUAUUUGUUUCAGUUUGAUCGUUUGAUGAGGGAGUACAUGCCCAAGUUAGGAGAGCACUUCACAGAAGAAAUGAUAAAUCCAAGCAUGUAUGGAAGCCAGUGGUUUAUUACUGUUUUCUCAUAUUCUUUCCCCUUUCAUCUGGCUCUUCGAAUUUGGGAUGUUUUUCUUUAUGAGGGUGUUAAGAUUGUUUUCAAAGUUGGCCUAGCUCUGCUCAAAUAUUGCCAUGAUGACUUGGUGAAAUUACCAUUUGAGAAGCUUAUACAUGCUCUUCGUAACUUCCCUGAAGAUGCAAUGAAUCCAGAUACAUUGCUUCCAAUGGCCUACUCAUUUAAGGUAUCAAAGCGACUGGAGGAACUUAAACAGGAGUAUGAGAAGAUACAUGGGAAGGUAGCAGAAUCUAAGUCGAAGCAAAAACAGCUGCAGCUGGCUUGAGCAACAAAAACAGUGCAUACUGCAUACGUAUUAUUUUGUAAAUAUCCAUAUACGAUAUUUCUGAGAAUGAUUAUCUACACUAGUUUUUUCUUUGUAACUAAGGCAUUAGAAUCUUGAAAUGUUGAUAGUGUAGUUUGAGAAAUCAUUGGAUUUUGAGUGGUAUUUUUUCAUGUUUGCAAGUGAAGCUUUCAGCUUCGAUGACAUUUUUCAUACUAAAUGGUGAAGAGAAUACUGUAUAUAUUUGAUUUCUUAUUUUAUCUGGU